UCCAGAUUUCUACUAUUAGAAUUUUGACAUUAUGUCACGGAAUUUAAUUUCUGUAGUUUGUGAUUGGAACACCAAUAUAGCCAAAGUCUCUUCUCAAAACUGAUGUUGUCAAGCUUAGAAUAUUUUCUAGUUUGGUUUCAGUCACAAAGUUAGGCUUCACAUUCUUGAUUAAUAAUAACUAAUCCACUACACGAGGGUCAAUAAACCUUACAUAUCACAUCACCAUCACACACAUACCUUACAUGUCACGUCACCACCAAACACAUACACCUUACAUAUCACGUCACCACCACACAUAUACACCUUACAUAUCACGUCACCACCACACACACACCUUACAUGUCAUGUCACCACCACACAUAUACACCUUACAUAUCACGUCACCACCACACACAUACACCUUACAUGUCAGGUCACCACCACACACGCACACACACACACAUUACAUAUCCCGUCAGCACCACACACAUACACCUUACAUGUCAUGUCACCACCACACAUAUACACCUUACAUGUCACGUCACCACCACACACACACACCUCUCAGUUUAUAUAUAUUGCUUCUGAUAUUUACAAGCUUUCCUUCUGUGUUCAUACAUAAAAACUUUAUAAGUUUGUAACUUAAGUUUCAUUGUUUUUCUUUGCUUUUCUUAAAUUUCUCUGGGUUUCUCCGUGUGUUUUAAUAUGGUGGCUUUUAUGUUUGUUUGUGAUACCAUUGGACUGGCGGAGAUUUUUAAAAUAUUUUUGUUUCAUUUCUUGUAGUCUUAGUUCAUAUAGAUCUUUCUUAAUAUUUGGUGUGUGUGUGCUCGCUUAUUUGUACCCAUUUAUUUGUGGUUUCAGGGGUUAAUUUAUAGCUUCUGGCCCGGCCUCUUCGCUGGUCGCUACUAGUUCCACUCUCUCCCUGCUCCUAUAGCAUUAUCAUGUGUGUCUGUGUACUCACCUAGUGUGUGCAGUUUUAGGCAGCGUUUCACAGUUCGUGUGUGUGUCUUACACAUACAAAAAAAAAAGAGACCGCCACAUAUAUCAACAUGCAUGUGAGUGCUUAGUUCAGGUUCCAGUGAGUUGUGGUGAGUUGCACUCCAGCAACCGGGUAGAGAAGCGGUGCAGCAGAGAUGGUUAGUGCUACUCACUGGAGCUCCACCUUCCUCACACGCCCAUCACACCGCCACACGCCCCCACCUCGACGAGAACCGCCUUCCUUAACAUUGGAGUAUACGUGGCUGUGAUGGUGGGUACGUGGGCAGCAAGUGAAGGGAUGCCAGCACCCCGCGGCACCCUGCAACCUCAACAGUCAGUGGCACAGUUGUCAUCCUGGUCUGUCCCUUUCACCAUUCCGGCGCUCCUCUUGUAUCCUCCUCCGUUCCUGCCAUACUCUUCUUUUGGAACAGCGUUAUCAGCUUCGUCGUUAGCUUCAGGACAGACGGAAAGGUUUCUUAUUGAGGGAGGUUCAAGCAUGGAGGCAGUGAAGACUGUCAACCAGACGACGGUAGUCAAGGUGUACACCGACGACUGGGAUGACAUGGAGACGUGUCCCUACUGGUGCAAGAAGGAGAAUGGCGCCAUCCACUGCUGCCCGGAGGAAGGGACUCAUUCGGGGAAAUGUCCAAAGCCGAAGGAGGUUUGUGUCAUCAAGAAUGUGGACGAGAAUCAGCCGACAGACAACUGCAUCGCCGACGACACCUGCCUAGAAACCCAUAAGUGCUGCUACGACAGGUGUUUAGGAUUCAGGGUCUGCACACCUGCUGACCCAGAUUCUUAACUAUAUUUAGGAAACACUCCAGGGGAAGUGGAACAGAAUUCUUCCUCCGUAAGUCAUCCAUGUGGUAACAGGCGACUAAAAUGCCGGGUGCAAGAGGCUAGUAACACCUUCUGUAUAAAUUACUAAAUUUAAAAAGAAAAAACUCGUUUUUCUUUUCAGGUCACCCUGCCUCUGUGGUAUACGGCCGGUGCACUGAAAAAAAAAAUAGGAGGCAGUGAUAAAGAUACUAAUCCAGAAGAGGCUACACUUUCAACAGUAUGCCAGUGACAAUUAAAUCAAUUUAGUAAUGGUGAAUAAUUUUUCACUGCGCCAGUGACCGUCUCAUAGAAAAAAUAUUGAUAAAUAAUAAUGAAUAAAUAAGGUCAAUGAAUGACACGUAGAAAAAA